GGCGUGUACACCGGUGAACAUCGUGAAACGAAAUGUAAGCGCAGAUGAUCAUCGUUAAAUGGUGUGUUAGCACGCGUGAAAAAAUUAUUCGCUUGUGACUAGUCGUGAACUGUGCACGACAAAUUUUUCCACCACAUUUUUCGCACGUGGUCAGUAGUGAAAAGAUAUGUGACCACGCCUGAAAAAGUUAUCUGCCUGCGACCAGACGUGAACAGUUCACGAAAACAUAUAUGUGACGUUUCUGCCGCGUGGCCGCUAGUGAAACUCGAGCAGCGUGUAGCGACCACGCGUGGAUCUUUCGCGUUAAUAUUUCGGUAAAAGAGUUCCACUUUCAAAUAUGCGUCAGAAUGUCUAGAACGAAUUUUACUAUAAAAGAUAGCACGUCACAUUAGUCCACAUGUGAUAGAAAAGAACUUCAUGAAAAAAUUACACGUGAAUUAAUAUGAAGUGCUGUCUUUUAUAAUAAAAUUCGUUCUAGACAUUCUGACGCCUGUUCGACAGUGAAACCUUUUUUUACUGUGGAUCGAAAAUGUUAUCUGUAGGAAUGAAUAUGCCUGGGAAUCAUCUUGUACUCCAGGAGAAAGUAUUAACUAAAAACAGUUUGGUUACUAGGAAAAAAGGUUUAGGAAGUGUCACGAGUAACCACGCGUGGGAAAUUUUUUACACGUGGUAACUCGUGAGGACUGAUCCGACAAGUAUGAAUAUGAGAUUUAUUCAUUAGUUUCUUAGGCAAGUUAGCUCAAUAGUAGUAUCGUAGCCUAUAUGUUCACUGUUAUUAACAACCGAACAAAAGAAAGAAGUAUUUGAAGCGUUCGGACAAUAUCACCGUUUAUUAAUGACUACUAAAACAUAUUUAAGAAGAGCACGUAUACGUUUAGAGCGAGCUACAACAACAACAGCCUUAUUAUUAUCAGUUGAUAAAGAUACAUUAUUGUUAAUGAUUGAUCAAGUUAUUAAUUUAUUAAGUAAAUUUCAUUAUGUCCGUAGUUUGAUCGAUGAUAAAAUCAACGAACAUCAGACCGUAACAUGGUGGAGAAAUGUAACACUAGGAGUAUUGGCAACUGCUAGUGGCUUUGGUUUGAUUUUCGGCUUUGCUGUUGCUUUGAAGGGAGUGUUAGUUGGUUUAUAG